AAAAACAUUAAAAGGAAAGGUUUUUAAUAAAGCCUUUGAGAGAGAAGAUGUUUAUUAUAGGAUGAACAAAAACAUCCUCUGUUUCUCUCUUUUCAUAUUUUUCUCCACAUUUCCUCAUCUGGGUCAUCUCCAAAAAUGGUGCUUUUUUUUAAUAAUUCUUCACGUUUCUGGGUUUUUGGUUUUGUGAUUUGAUGAUGCUUUUUUUUUGUUUUUUUCAGAUUUGAUGAUAACCCAAAUUCGCAAUUUGAUUAGGACAACAACAACAACUUUAUUUAUCUGAUUCCGUCUUUGAUUUUCAGACAAGAAAAGUAUGUUGUUUCUAAGUCUUUUGAUUUUUUUCAAUUUCAUCUCCUUACUCGAUUUUUUUUUUUUUGGGUUUCUCUGAAUUGGAGCAGAAAAAAAAAAGAUGGAAUCGGAUCUGGGGAAGCUCUUCAUUGGUGGGAUUUCGUGGGAUACAGACGAAGAAAGGUUAAGAGACUACUUUAGCAACUAUGGUGAUGUUGUUGAAGCUGUGAUCAUGAGAGAUCGUGCCACAGGUCGUGCACGUGGCUUCGGCUUCAUUGUCUUUGCAGACCCCUGUGUCUCAGAGAGAGUGAUCAUGGAUAAACACAUCAUCGAUGGCCGCACGGUUGAGGCGAAGAAGGCUGUGCCUCGAGAUGAUCAGCAGGUGCUAAAGCGACACGCUAGUCCUAUCCACCUUAUGUCACCUGUCCAUGGUGGUGGUGGAAGGACAAAGAAGAUCUUCGUUGGAGGUUUACCGUCUAGCAUUACCGAGGAGGAGUUCAAGAACUACUUUGAUCAGUUUGGUACUAUUGCUGAUGUUGUUGUAAUGUAUGAUCAUAACACGCAGAGGCCAAGAGGUUUUGGCUUCAUCACAUUUGAUUCAGAUGAUGCUGUUGAUAGAGUUCUUCACAAGACCUUCCAUGAGCUCAAUGGGAAACUAGUUGAGGUCAAAAGAGCUGUACCUAAGGAGAUUUCCCCUGUUUCUAAUAUCCGAAGCCCGCUUGCUAGCGGUGUUAACUAUGGAGGCGGGUCUAAUAGGAUGCCUGCUAAUAGCUACUUUAACAACUUUGCUCCUGGUCCUGGUUUUUAUAACAGUCUAGGUCCUGUUGGUCGUCGGUUUAGUCCUGUUAUUGGUAGUGGUAGAAAUGCGGUUUCUGCUUUUGGCCUCGGUUUGAAUCAUGACUUGAGUUUGAAUUUGAAUCCAAGCUGCGAUGGGACAAGUUCUACGUUUGGUUAUAACCGUAUUCCAAGCAACCCUUACUUCAACGGUGCUUCCCCGAACCGUUACACCUCUCCAAUCGGGCACAAUAGAACUGAGUCUCCUUACAAUUCGAACAAUAGAGACUUAUGGGGAAACAGAACCGACACUGCAGGUCCCGGUUGGAACUUGAAUGUCUCGAAUGGAAACAACAGAGGAAAUUGGGGACUUCCUUCUUCUUCUGCUGUUAGUAAUGAUAACAAUGGCUUUGGAAGGAACUAUGGGACAAGUUCUGGACUUUCCUCGUCCCCAUUUAAUGGUUUUGAAGGUUCUAUAGGGGAACUGUACAGAGGCGGCUCAGUCUACAGCGACUCAACGUGGCAGCAACAGCAGCUACCAUCUCAGUCUUCUCACGAGCUAGACAAUUUGUCUCGCGCUUACGGUUAUGAUAUUGACAAUGUAGGUUCAGACCCAUCUGCAAAUGACCCAGAAACUUACAAUGGAAGCUACAAUGUUGGAAAUAGACAAACUAAUAGAGGUAACAAAAAAAUUCAUCUCAAUAAAACUUGUAACUUGGAUACAUUUUGAUCGCAAUCGAAAUGUUCUGAUCUGUGUUUUAUUUACUUGUUGAGGUAUUGCUGCAUAGGUUAUCAAAAACCAAGAAAACAAAAAAAAAAGUUGAGAGAUUUGUAGAUUGAAAGCAACCAAAUUUCAGUUGCAGAGUUUGAACAGGUUCUCAUGACAAAGAAACCAACUUUGUUGAUCACAGUGCCAAAGAUUAUGGUUUGCUUUCUCUUUUGUUAGACCAAAAAAAAAAAAAAAAAAGAGAAAAACAAAGAACCGUUUUUGUUUUUCUUCUUCUUACAUAAAGAUCAGAUCGUAGCAGCCAGACAACCAAAGAUACUACAAGGUGGAUUUAGAUUUGCUUCUCAAAAAAGUUUUUUUUUUUCUUUCAUAGAAUAACCAAACAAAGAUCGUAGAAUUUUCGAUCAAAGAUUCUUCAGAGUUCUGUGCUCUGUUUUGUAAUUGUACUUUUUUUUUCUUGUUUACAAAAUGAAUUGUUCAUGAAAACUUUGUUUUCUUAAAAAAAAAAUUAGCGUGGGAGAAAUAUUGUGUAAGAGAGGGA